AUGGACUUAUUUAGAAAAGAUGAUCUCUUAGGAAAAGGAGAGAAAAGCUCGUUUUUAUACCUGAUUCUUAGGCUAAUAGUCAUUGGAAUCGGAUUCUACCGAAAAAGCUUUAUCGGGAAGAAGAUAAACAUAAUCAGGCCAAUGUGCUUAUCGCUUUCCCUUACAAAUAUUUACAUGUUCAUUUAUCUGGACAAUGCAAUAUCACGAAAGAACCUUGAGCAGUGCAAAGCAUAUUGGGUUAUUAUUGUGAUGGCCUCUCUUGAGGCGUCUGUGGUUGUAGAAACCAUUUUCAAGUUUGGUGACAAUGAUAUGGAGGUCAUAUUCUUUUCUCUUGUGUAUCUGGGGCUAUGCCUUUGCGAAUUUAUUAGAGUGCACUUCAUAUGCAAGGAGUUUGGAGACAUGUUUGAAUGGAUCUAUUUCAAGCAUGGAGGAGCCAACACCAACAUGAAAAUUGCAUAUAAAACAAGGGCCCGAUAUGAGGCAGCAAGAUCCUUGAUGAUUCUAGCAGCUAUCCAAGGGAUAUAUCUCCAGAUUGAAGGGAUAAAGCACUGCAAUGGAGAUAAUAGUAUGGGUGCAAUUUACAUAAUAAUCGAUCAUUUACUUGAAGUCAUUACAUUUUUCUUGAUGUUUGUUCGACAGAACGAAGAAAACGAAGAGCAAAGAAUGCUCUUGAUCAUGAUAGUUUUGCUGAACAUUUUAUACUCUGUGCAUCUGGUUGACAAAUACAGGAGUGACAAGAAGCUAUGCCAGGAUCUGAAAAGGUUUUUCAUUAUCAGAAAUAAUUUUGAAGCAGCCAUCAACAUCAUCUUCCUGUAUUACUCGAUCCUAGACUACAGGUACUUUGGAUAUGGACUUAAGGAGAUGUUUUUCCCUGCAAAUAGAAGAAGAGAGCCAUUGAGAGUAGAGAUCACGGAAGGGUCUCAGAAAAUACAAGAAUAA